CUAUCCUCCACGUACCCUCCAUGCAAACCCUCAAACCUACUAUAAAUCCCCACCACCCCACCACUCUUCCCUCACCCACCACCACCACACCAGAGAAUUAAUCACUCACAAUGGCAAAGCUUGCAAUCCUAGCAGUAGCCCUCUUUACCCUGAUCGCCCUCGACCAAGUUUCCGCCUUCCGCACCACCAUCACCACCACCGUGGACGAGGAAACAGCAGGGGCAAACCCCCGAGGAGAGUCCCAGCAACAGAGCUGCCGUGAGCAGUUCCAGCAGCAGCAGCAGCUCCGCGACUGCCAGAGGUACAUGGCGCAGCAGGCACAGCGAUUUGCAAACCCGAAGCGCCGCGAGCAAGGCCUCGACGAAUGCUGCGACCAGUUGGAGAAAAUGGACCAGGAUUGCCAGUGCGAGAACUUGAGGGAGGCGAUAAGGCAGAAGCAACAGCAGGAGGGAGAGAUGAGCGAAGAUGAGAAGAGAAAGAUGGAGCAAGCGGCCGAGGACUUGCCCCGGAGGUGCGGUUUCAGCUCACAGAGAUGCCAGAUUGAAGUAAACUGGUUCUAAAUGAGGUGUGUUGCGUUGUGUGCAAUGUAAUAAUAAAGGUCACCACUGCUCUAAGCUGGGAUUUAGCCAAGUUAUGAUGGUGGUGGUGACCAUCUAGAAAUAAGCACAUUAUCGUGUGUAUCUUGUAAGUGUUGUUGUUGUUGUUUUUAUUUAUUUAUUUUUUUUUUGGUGUGUGUGUUUUCAGUUUAGGCUUUGAAGCCGUGUAGAGUCCUUACAAAUAAAUAAAUAAAUAAAAUUGUUAGUAUAUUAUUCUAUGUUAGUGUAUAUCAGCUGUUAGUAGGAUAUAUUUCUUUUCCUUUUACUUUAUUUUAUUAGUGCAACUUUCGGCUCCUCUCCUAUAUAGAGGAGUUCAACUGAACCUUUGUAAUAUCUAUCAAUAACAUUCAAUACAACAUUUCAAUA